AUGAGUUGCUGGACUCUCCCCAGCUUCGUGAAACACAUGAAGCGCGAUCCCACUGGCAGGGGAUGCACCCACCUCGGCAAGGACGGUGUCCUGCGGACCCUCUCGGGGGACUACGACGUCCUCGAUGCGCGGGGCCUCAACCCCGAGGAGAUCAAACAGAUUCUGGACACUAUGCCCCCGCAGAUGGCUCGGAUGAUUCAAAAGGAGGACUUCCGUGACGUGGACGGUACAAAGGUUACAGAAGAGACACUAUUCCAUCCAGCGCCGGGUAUCCUGCCGACGAAACUGAGCAAGGAGGAGGCUGCAGAAAGACGGAAACUGGUGAAGCAGAGUCAGGAGGCCUAUUUGCAGGCAAAGAGGGAGCAGUGUGCAGAGCUGGAGUAG